ACAUGUCCGCACUGCACUGGGCAGCACGUCGCGACAACCGUGACAUUGUCAAGGCCACUCUUGGCAUCGACGGUGUCGAGUUCGGGGCGCAGGACACGUACGGGUUCACUCCGCUGAUGUGGGCGGCGUGCAAGGGCCAUGCCGAGGUUGUCGCCACCCUCAUCGAGGCCGCGGGUGACGAGCCUUCGGCCAAGCUCAACGUCGGCGCCGUCGACAAGGAGUCGGGCUUCUCGGCUCUGCACUGGGCCGUGAACAAGUCGCACGCGUCGCUUGUGGCAGAUCUUGUGGCCAUCGGGUGCGAGAUGGACCUGCCCUGCUCCCGCACCCUUACGCCACUGCACUGGGCCUGCGUCGCCGGCGACGUCUUUUGCGCCCGCGCCCUGCUGGAGGCCGGCGCCGACACCAGCGCUCGCGAUGGGCAGGGCACCGCCCCGCUGCACAUUGCCGCGCUCAAGGAGCCCGAGAUUGUCAAGAUGCUCAUCGAGUCGGGCGUUGACGUCAACUUGUUCACCAUCAAGCACUCGACUCCGCUCAUCGAGGCCGCCGCCGAGGGCCAGACCGAGUCUGUGCGUGUCCUCAUCAAGGCCGGCGCCGAGGUCGACGCCCGCGACGCCGAAGGCUGCACCGCUGUCCACUACGCGGCCAAGCUUGGACACCUCGCCGUGCUCCGUGUCCUCGCCGAGGCUAGUGCCAAGCUCGACGAGUCCAACGGUGACGGCGUCAAGGCCGCCCACCUCGCCGCCUACGCCGAUCGCGGCGAGGUCCUGCUGUAUCUGCAGGAGCGUGGCGCCGCACUCGCGGCGCCGAACCGCAUGGGCUCCACCGUCCUGCACAUCGCCGCCGCCCAGGGCCACGGCGACCUAGUGGCCACCCUCCUCACCGCUGGCGUCGACCACGGCGUCGUCAACGCCGCCGGCAACACCGCGCUCCACUACGCCACCGCCGCCUCGCGGCUCUCGGCCUGUCGCGCGCUGAUCAAGGCCGGUGCCGACCCACACAUCCGCAACGCCAUGGGCGAGACCGCCAUCGACAACUGCAACAAGAACAAAAACGACAAGCUCGGCCGGUACCUCGUCGACCGCGCCAAGCAGUUCCGCCGCGACGUCAACGCCAGCGCCUCGGGCGCUGCUUCGUCGUCGUCGGGCCCGCCACUCCCGGCGCGCUCAACAUCUGCAGCCUCGGUCGCCGCCGCAGGCGCCGCAAAGUCGGCCUGGGAAAUCGACUUUUCCACCCUCGAGUUCCGCCAGACCAUCGGCAAGGGCUCGUACGGCAUGGUGUACGUCGGCGGCUGGAACGGCUCGACCGUCGCCGUCAAGCAGUUCUCGGUCCGCGCCAUGACCGACAAGCAGCGUGCCAUGUUCCAGGCCGAGGUCGACAUCCUCGCCUCGCUCCGCCAUCCGCACGUUCUCCUCUUUAUGGGCGCGUGUACCAAGCCGUCGACCCCGCUCUGCAUCGUCACCGAGUACGUCGAGGGCGGCUCGCUCUUCCACGCCCUCCACGACAAGUCGCGCUCCCUCUCCUGGGAGCAGAAGCUCAAGGUCGCCCACAACUCAGCCGGCGGCAUGGCCUACCUCCACGCCAAGAACAUCAUCCACCGUGACCUCAAGUCGCUCAACGUCCUCGUCGAGCGUGACUGGUCGGCAAAGAUCGCCGACUUUGGCCUCUCCGUCGUCGUCCAGGGUGAGCAGAUGCACCAGACCCGUCUCGGCACUCCGCAGUACAUGGCCAAGGAGGUGCUCCUCAAGGAGAACUACAACCACAAGGCUGACGUCUACGCCUUUGGUAUCCUCCUCUGGGAAAUCCUCACCCGCCGUCAGCCCUACAAGGGCAUGUCGCCCAUGGUCGUCGCCCGCAAGGUCGUCCAGGAAGGCCUCCGCCCCGAGGUCCCGGCCAAGACCCCGCAGGCCUGGCACGCCCUCAUGGAGGCGUGCUGGGCCGAGGAGCCGGACAAUCGCCCGGACUUCCAGCUCAUCCUCCGCACCAUCGAUGCCAUGAUGACCCAGGCCAGCAACGCCGCCAACGUCUCGGCUCAGAUGCGUGCCGCCUUUCCGCAGUAGCGCGCCUACUACCGCUUUACUCCCGCGCGCACCUCCUUGAAGUAAACCAGUCGCUCGGCUGGCGCACAGCCACACUAC